CUAAUGGCAAAUUUUCAAAUGCUAUACUUAUAACCCGCUCGCUCGAAACGCGACUGCCAACUCCGUGUUUCAAUAACUAGACCAUCUAAUCUCAGGCUACUACUAUCAAUGAUUGUUAUAGAUUGUCUUCAUUAUUAAACGCAGAUGGGUUGUAUGUACCUAUGAAGUCUUCGGAUCGCUUUUGAUUUUUCUCUUUUCUCAAGAUUCUUACGUAUAAGCAGCUGUGGAUACUUCUACAGUACACAAAGCACCUUAAUACGGUACAAGAAUUGAAUUAGUUCGAAAUCUCCUUGUUAUUUGAGUUGAUGAACUGAUCUAUUCGUGUGAAUUAUCAAUGAACAAGUCUUCAUCAUCUCACAUUCCACUCCCAAUCCAAAGCUUUCUAUUUUCGCAGACAUGUUCGUUUUUGCAGAAACCCUCGGCAAGGGACGGGGUCUGUACUACUUUUGAGAAGGUUUUAGUACAAAAUAUACUACAUGGUCGAUCAAUAGUUCUGUGCGAGGCUAUACACUCAAUAAGCAGAUGGAAAUUUGUGAAGGCUGCAUUACCUCAUGUACUUCAUUGUGGUGCUAUAAUGCUUCGAGAAAAGUUACGGGACAAAUCUGAUGCAGACCUACCUCAUCAAAAACAUGCAUUAAACAGUUGCGGAUUGUCUCAUGAUCGAACACGACUGAAUUUCAGUCAGACAGAAACAAAGUUGCUCUACACACUUCACUGGAUUCUAUUAGAUGCCGCUUCAGAGUGUGAGGAUGCAGAAAUAGAGGCUUCUAAUCAUCCAGCUUCCAUACCCAAACAUUCAACUGAUCGUUAUGUUCACGACUUGGCGUCACUUCAGUUAUUCAUCUAUUUAUAUGCUCCAAUUAUUGAGCAACUUAAGCCAACCGAUUUCGAUACUCUCAAGUUAGAAGCAGGAUUACGCUUAUGGAUUCCAUUAAUGGAAUAUUGUCAACCGAAUCGUGGGACAUUAUCAUCACCUGUUAAAUUUUUUACUCAUGAUUCAAAUAUACUAUCUCGACCAGUUGUAACAAAUAUAGAUGGAAUAGAAAGUCCUAAAACGUCAUCCAUUUUAAACGGUUAUAUUAAGAGGAAAUCUUUGAGUUUGGAAACUUCUGAAGAAAUACCUUCGGAUGUUCAUACUGUUAAUAUAUCGGAUAAGGGUUCCGAAAUCAAUCAUAAAUUACCAUUAGCUGUGAAAUCAUUCGAGUUCUUAGUUGACAGUGCUUCCAUCCCCCAUGUUGAAGCCAAUUCAGAUGAGUCAGUAAGCAGUGCAAUAAAUAUUCCAGAUAACUAUCAGCCUUCACUGACUCAUGCGCAUAACUCAACUGGGCAUAUCUUACAUUUACAACCCCCCAAAGCUACACCUGAAUACCUGGAUGAUGAGGAAGAAUUCAGCGAAAAAUCCAUUUCAGAAGCUGCAGUCACAGGAACGACGGCUACAGCGGCAGUUGUGCCAGAUGUCUUUCCACCAAAGCAAGAACAAGAACAUGUAACUCCAGGAUUCGAACGCAUUCAAAAAUUUUUAAAUUCAUUCACGGAUCCGUAUAAACAAUUAUCUGAAAAGUUAAAAUAUUCUGUGGCCGACAGUGAAUUCAUUCAACCAUCUGUUGGAACUUAUUGUAUGCUUGCUACACAUUGUGACCUGGCUGUAAUACGGUGCUUAUUCUGUCCUGAAUGGUGUGAAUCCGGUAUCUACUGGUCGCUAUGCUAUUUAUUCAAUCGUUUAUUGCAAAUACGCUCAGAAUGGAUCAAAAUUAAACCGAAUAACCGUAAAUUACUAAGGUUACGCAGAGGCAAUCUUCCGCCUGAACACUUGUUUAAAUGGAUACCAGGAUUGUGGUCAGCAGCAUCGUCACAUCAAGCAAGGAUAAAUCAUAUCACUGGAGAAAUGGUGAAGGAAAUUCGGAGUCUAUCAUUACCUAAUAUAUCGUCAAGGUGUAUGUCAAGUAUUUGUCAGCAUAAUCCAACUGAACAGUGCAACAGAGAAUUUGAACAAGACAGUAAAAACAAUGACUUAACUCAAUAUAAGCAUACGAAACAACAGGAAGAACUUUGUGAAGCUCCGUCGAACAGUACCAGUAACAUCAUCCAGUCAUACUCUGGGAACAGUGGUACCCCUUCCUCGAUCAAACAUUCCACUAUAUCAAGUCAUUUGGAUGGAUCGUUAAAUCGUAAAGGUAUAUCUUGCGUAAUUGGAUCAUCUUCACCUUUAUUGAAUAUUGAUAAGUCUGAAUCUAACCUUAUGAAAUUAGAAUGCCCAAAAGAUAGAGAGCAACAACAAUGGCAGCCACAGCAACUUAAUACUAGUCCUUUGCUAACUGAUAUUGGUCUCAGUGAUUCAUCAUUUACGCUCCCACUGCCCAUUGUUAACUUUGGAGUUCAGCAACAGCAAAACCAACAGCAGCAACCCGCAUGGAGAGGUUCUAAACGUUCAAGAAUUACUGAUAUUAAGGAACGUUUUACUCGGGCGUCAAAGUUCAAAUCUGGGGAUGCAAGUAUGAAAUUUCAACCUUUAUCUUCUAUUGAAGCACCAGGCAUGACUAGCAUAAACACCCUGAUCGAAUGUGAUCAGCCGUCGGUAAUGACUGGGGAAAAACAAGUCUCCUACACGCCGACAAAACGAUCGGCUCAAACAGGAAGUGAAAAGCUACGGCUGGCGCCAAAUGAAAAACCGUUUCAAGGAUUCGACACGACAAGUAAUGAUUCUGAAGCUAAUAAACGUGAUCCACCUGUUUCGUGCAAUGCUUCUUCCCUUCAUAGUGGACUUAAACUUGGUUUACCACCUUGUACACCUUCAAUAGCAGUGGCUAUUAAGCCAGUUGAUAACACAGAUACAGUUUCGAAUGAUGAACAGUUAUUUGCUAAGACACUUCCUCGCAGUCUUACUGAUUCAGAUAUAAUAUAUCAUAGCUCAGAGAAGGUAGAUGAAGUUCCAGGAGCUGCAUACUACAUUACACCUAAUGGUCAUUUAGAUUAUUCUGUUAUUUUGAGAAGUCUUUAUUGGUGUAGCACAGUACACACAUCAAGUCGUGUUUGUUUCAAUUUGGUUUGCUGUUUGAGUGCUUUAUUUGAUUUGGGAAUCUUCGACAUGAAGCCCGGAGCCUGCUCGUUAAAAAAUGUUUCUUUUGAAAAACCUGGUCAUCUCAGACGAUUUCGAAAAAAAAAUCAAUGUGAGAGAAACAAGUGUUCGAAAUCCUCUAAGACACCUAUUCUCAAUAAACUUGUGGCAAGAGAAAGUCACACUAACCCAAAUUUCAACAAUCGAGGUGGAUAUGAUAGCUCAAAUUUACAUUCAGGCAGUAGAGUGAGACUACAUGACCAGAGUGUAGGAUUUUCUUCCUCAAACUUAAGUUCCUCUAGAGUUUCUGUCGGAAUUUGCAGCGAGUCUUAUGGAAGUGAAAAUGGGGAUGAUGGAGACGCUGAUGUAGGAUCAAAAAGGCAGUUUUCUAAUAGAGCUGAUAACGAAUCACUGAUAAGCGAAGACGGCAUCGGGGCUUCUGUUUGCACAAAAAACUUCAGCCCACUUGGGAGUCCUCAAUCAUCUAUAGAUCUCGAAAAAGAUCCUUGUUCAAUGCCACGUUGGAUAAAAUCGUCAGGAAAUAUUCAAUCUAGGCUACGUAAUAACGAAAAAUUAGUGUCUAAAAGUGCAUAUCGAUUGAAGUCUCGUGCUCAACAGAAACGAGGAAUGAGCUGUGAUAUCUCUAAUCAUCUGGUCCGUACGCAUUUUACUUUAGCAGCUGAAAUGUUGAUAAGAAUUAUUCGUUCAGUUGGAUGUAGACAUGGGCACAAUAAUUCAUCGAAUUUCACAAAUUCCCAUUAUCACCAUCAACAAGAGCAGCACGAAAACUCUGUAGAUCCAAGCAACCAUUUCCGGUCACUUGCACAUGACUGUCUUAUUUAUCUACACCGAUUAAAUCCUAAUUUGUUUAAACGUGUGAUAAUACGAAUUGUAUCUUCAAGUACUGUUGCCGAUCUAGUUGAAAUACUUCAUUCAUUCACCGGGUUUUGUUUAGAUCCAGUCACACGUUGUUAUGAACGUUCAAAUCAAAACAGAAAAUCUUAUUUAAAUUAUGGAAAUAGUUUUGGGCAGAAUGAUACUGGCCAAGAUACACGUGGAGCUGAAGGUUUGAUUGUAUCUUAUUUGUUCGGCCCUUUUGUCCGGCGCUUAGUCAGGUGCAAACGUGAACUGAGCAGUCAAGAGAAUGUUUCUUUAUUUUCUGACAUACGACAAGUAUUCACAUAUAUUCGUGAAAUUCACGGCAGUACAUUUCGGAAAAACAUGUUAGUUGCUUUACUGUGUCCAGUACAGAGAAUAUGUGAGAUUACUACUCCUAAACCUUCAACUCCAUUGCCGAGAAUGUCAGCAAGAAACUCUAUGUGGCUUGUGCCUCGUCACGACAAAAGGCGUUCAACUUUCAAUGUGUUUAUUGAUCCUUUGGCAGAAACAGAAAGCUAUUCAAGUGGUCACAGGGAAAGUUCAUUGUACAAUGUGUUAUGUAGACCGUCGACUGCAGGAAGAAGUGUAAGAAUACAUAGUAAUGGAAGUUCAUCAAUAAUAGCAGCGUCAUUCGAAAAUGGUAAUUUAUCCAACAGUCAUUAUUUGUUGUCCCCCUAA